AUGGAAAUAUAAAUUAAUUUGAUUAUUGAAAGGUCAGUAGAAACAGACAGACACAGCAAUCAAUAAACAUAAAUUAAUUGCAAAAUAAAUUCAAAAGAAUAAAACUUAGAUAAAUAAAAGAAGAAAACACAAAUGUUCAACUUUUUAAAACAAUUCAACAAGAACCAACUCACUCAAUUCACCAGAUACGCCAUGAGCUCUGGUAAGGGUAAAGGAGCCAAGCCUGCUGGUGAAAAGCCUGCCGCUGAAAAGCCUGCUGCAGCAGCUGAUAAAAAGCCUGCUGGUGAAAAGCCCAAGAAGAAGUGA